AUGAGCUCGGCAAAUUAUCCCUGCCGCGACAGCGGUAUCUACCACAACUUGCCCCAAUUUGAUCCGAAGUUGACUGGCCUUACGGCUCUGAUUACCGGAGCCAAUGGGAUCUCUGGAUACAAUACGUUGUUGGCGCUUCUGGACUCACCACAAAGAUGGGCAAAAGUGUUCACUUUGUCGAGACGUCCACUUCCGGCUGAAAUGAUGAACCUCAUCCCAGCAGAGCUUCGCAAUCGAAUCCAGCAUAUUUCAUGUGAUUUGCAGGCAGAGCCAGCGACCAUUGCCAAAACCCUUGAACUUGCCGGAGUUCAAGUGGACUAUAUCUUCUUCUAUGCCUACUUGCAACCUAGACCGCCUCCAGGUGAGCGGGCAUGGUCCAAUCAACAGGAGCUACUCGAUGUCAACUCAGCGCUGCUUCGAAACUUCCUCAGGGCUAUUCCGCAGGCUGGUAUUAGACCAAAGCGAUUCCUUCUCCAGACAGGAGCAAAGAAUUAUGGCCCGCACAUUGGCCGUGCGCGUACUCCGAACGUGGAAUCCGACCCUCAGCCCCGUCACUUAGGACCGAAUUUCUACUAUGCUCAGGAAGAUCUAUUGUUUGAGUACUGUGAGAAAUAUGAGGUUGAGUGGAACAUUAUACGACCACCAUGGAUCAUCGGCUCCUCCAUGACAGCCCAGAUGUGCGCUCUAUACCCGUUUGCAGUCUACGCCGCUGUCAACGCCGAGCGUAACCUCCCCCUACGCUUUCCGAGCUCUUGGUCAUUCUGGCAACAAAAUUGUUCUCACUUCGGAACUGCUCGGUUGACUGGCUAUCUCAGCGAGUGGGCAAUCUUGGAGGAUAAGUGCAAGAACCAGGCUUUUAAUAGCCAAGACACGAGUCCGAUAUCUUGGGACCGUAUCUUUGCAGAAUACGUGAGGUGGUUUGGAGUGGAGAAAGGUGUAUUACCGCCUCCCGAUCAAGAGUCUGGACUACUUGAGCUGAAGCUGAAUGGUGGAAAAGAUUCACCGAUGGGCUAUGGACCGCCCAUUGUUGAAUUGUUGUCUUUCACGAUCCUUAGCUGGGCACAAGACCCAGAGAAUCAGAAAGCAUGGAAGAGGAUUCAGGAUAGAGAUCACCUAACGUUCGACCCCUUUGAGGAUAUCGAAGGAAACUUCACCUUUUCAGACACGGUGUUUAUGACAUUCGGGCCAUUGAGCAUGAACAAGGCUCGAAGGUUGGGAUGGACAGGAUUUGUGGAUACCAUGGAAAGUAUCUUCGAGAUGUACCAAGAAAUGAAUCAGCUGGGGAUGCUACCAAAGCUAGAAGUUGGGGAAGCUUUGCCACUGAUAUAA